CAAUCAGAAAAGUUUGUCUCAAUGCCUCUGGAGGAGAAAAGGAAGCUGUACAGUUGUGGCAAAAAUUUUGUGUCACUUGAUGAGAUUGAUACCUGGCCAGAAUAUUACAGAAAACACAUUUUACCUCCAAAAAUAUUGAUAAUGAUUGUCUUAAUUUUAGGUAAAACUCGCCUGAAGAGAAGCGAGAUAAAUAAUAAAGUAUCCUUAUGGCGCGGGGAUAUCACCAGUCUCGAGAUCGAUGCCAUUGUGAAUGCUGCGAAUAGUCGUCUGGUUGGGGGUGGGGGUGUUGAUGGGGCAAUACACAGGGCAGCUGGUUCACUAUUGGGACAGGAAUGUCAGACACUGAAUGGCUGCAAGGUCGGUCAGGUCAAGGUCACGGCUGGUUACAAACUGCCUGCUAAAUAUGUUUUCCAUACUGUUGGACCCCAAGAUUGUAACGAGGACCAUUUGAUUGACUGCUAUAAGAAUUGUCUCGAAGAACUUGUUAAGAAUCAACUCAGAUCUAUUGCAUUCUGCUGUAUAUCAACCGGAAUAUAUGGAUAUCCAAAUAAGGAUGCCGUACACGUGGCUCUGGAUACGACGAGGAAGUUUCUGGAAAGGGAUGGCAAUAUGGAAAAAGUUGAGAGAAUCAUAUUCUGUCUCUUCCUCGAUCUCGAUGUUCAGUUGUACGAGAAAGGAAUGCAGAAGUACUUCUAUGUCUCCCCAUUAUUCGCAGAUGACAACAACUCGUCAUCAUCAAAGCCUCCUAAAACUGACAAGCCAUCAUCAUCCUCGUCGUCGUCAUCAUCAUCGCCAUCACUACCAUCACCGCCAUCAUCAUCGCCAUCAUCAUCAUCAUCGUCGUCGUCAUCGUUAUCUUGUAAGAAAUCAAAUAAAAUACAGCGCCUGGAGUCUAGUGUUGAUAAGUGUGACGUCAUAAUAAAAAAAAAUAAUAAUAAUAUCGUCAAUGAUGAUGAUGAUGAUGGUGGUAAGGAAGCCGGUGAUGGUAAUGAUGCCGGCGAUGGUAAUGAUGCUAAAAUGGCGCAUGGUGGGAAGCUUAAGAGUGACAGGAGUAAUAAAACUGGCUAUCCUAAUAGUUGUAAUGAUGUUGAUGACGAUGGUGCCAAAGUGCAAACGACAUCGUCAUCAUCACCCCUGUUCUCGUCGUCGUCGUCAUCGUCGCCGUCAGAAGUUAAAGAAGCUGCCACUACUGCUGCCACUACUGAAGUUAAAGCUGCCACUGCUGCUGCUACUACUACUUCUACUACUACUUCUACUACUACUUCUACUACUACUGCUACUAAUGAAUGCCACAGAGAAAUGAACGAUAAUGAUGAUGGUGCUGAUUGUGCCGGUAACGAUGAUGUUACACUUACGACUACCACUACUACUUCUGCCGCUACUACUACUUCUGUCGCUACUACCACUAGCACUACUACUCCUGCUACUGCUAAAUGUCACGAUGAUAUGAUCACAGAUGGGGAGGAUGAUGAUGAUAAUGAAGUCAUCGCCACUUACAUCAGUAUUAACAAUGAUACUAAUACAAAUACUGCCGAAGUUAAUAUGCGUGAUGAUGAUGAUGAUGAUGAUGAUGAUGAUGAUGAUAGUAAAAAUGAUCUUGAUAGUGAUGACGACGAAUGUUGUAAUAACAAACGAGCUUACGUUUGUAAUUGAUCGAUACAUAUACAAAUACACAUACAGACACACACAUACAAACAAACACACACAAAUGAACAUGUCUUCAUCAAGUUAUUAGUUUAGUUAGAGUUUUUAUUUCAUUCUCUUGUCAUGGAGUUAUUGAAAAUAUCACCUAUGUAUAUAUGUGUGUAUAAUUGUGUGUGUGUGUGUGUGUGUGUGUGUGUGUGUGUGCGCGCGCGUUUGUGUGUGUGUGUGUGCGUGUGUUUGCGUACGUCAAAGAAUAUAACUUGAUUUUUUAUUAAGCACAGUUGCAUUGUUACACUUUCAAUAAAAUCCUUUCUUGAAAAAAAA